UGAAAUAAUUUGGAAUUUAAUAUUAAAUAUUUAAAUUUAAAUCUUAUUUGCAAUCAAUUCUGUUUAAGUGAACGUUAAAUAAAUACAUCCAGUGAGAGAACUUUAACAUUGACAAAUGGACAGAAAUGCAUUUGGUAGAAAAACUAGCGGAUCGCAGCGGCCCCGCGUUGACCGUUUCGUGGCCCCGCGAGAGUCCUUAGACGAGCUGCGGCGGCGCCAGCACGUGUUCGCCGGCAACCACCACUCGGACACCAUCUGGCAUAGUAAAUACGUGAAACAGAAGCAGUACGCCAGCCACAUCGACAAAGCCUUCGGACUGGAAGCGCCGGCGCCGUCGCAGGAGCAAAUCUGGCCCUGUGUGCCGCGCUCGCGCCCCUUUCUGUCCGCGACUGACAACGUGCUAGAUCUGCCCACUUAUAGUUCCGCGGCCCUUCCAGAACUUCUCGACUGGAGCAACAACAACAUCCUCGUGGCAGCGCUCGGCAACCAAUACUACAAUUGGAGCUGGCAUUCGCAGAGUCCUAUUGGCAAAGGCUUCACUCACUUUAAAACCGUUUGCUGUAGGUUUGACCCUACAGGGGAACGACUAGCUCUAGGAACCGACAUGCAGCGCUUAGAGAUUCACAAUGCGUGGAGCAAAUGGGUGGCUGGGAGUUGCUGUCGCUGCGCCACUAAGCCGCUCCAGCCCUUUUGUAUGGUCACGGCCGUGGAUUGGAGCCCCACAGGGAACUCCAUCGUUACUGGCUGUUCCCGAGGAAUGAUCACCGCGUUCGACCGCGAUGCCACACUGAUCAGCUACCGGCAAGCCACCAACUUUGCAAUCGUCCUUGUGCGAGUAUCUCCGGACGCGCGCUACGUUGCUGCGGCCGCCCUUAAUAGUUCACAGGUGCUGGUGUUGCUGUGGCCGUCUCUGGUAGAGUUCAGAGCUAUCAGUUCCGACUGGAUGGUAAAGACUAUAGCCUGGCACCCAUGGCGCAGUGCCCUCCUCGGCAUCGGCGGCGUCACGGAGACCAAGUCCUGGAUAGCGCUCUGGGACGCUCCCCGCGCCACUCUCAGAGCCACCACGACUGUCAGCAGUAGCGAUUACAACCUGGACAAUAUGUUGUUUAGCCAUCGGACUGGAGAACUGGUGCUUAGUCUUUGGAACACAGAACAAAUAACGGGUUACCCAAAAGCGUGCUCCCAGCUGAUGCUGGUGAUGAGCGGACCAGACUCGGUGGUGGACCAGUGGGGGGAGGGCCGGUACGGCGUCGACCGCAUCAGGACCAUGGUCUUCAGCCCUGAUGGCACGAAGCUUGCGACGGCCACAGCAGACGAAGACCUAAUGAUUUGGAAUUUCUUACCUCCAGACAACAAACCGAACAAAAAGACGAAACGAAGAAGAUUCUCAGCCAUCCCCACCUACAUUGACCAGAGCUUACACGGCUUCUCCGUGCGGUGAUUAUCACUUCAGUGUAGUACCCUUGUAAUACCUAAUAAUUGGAAAUACUUAUAACAGCUCGUUGUCAUUGUUUAAAGUUACAACAAUUUUUAGUAGCAUAUUUUGGCUGUAGAUUGUUUUAGAAGAGGUCUAAAGUAAUCCCCCAAGGGAGAAUAGGGGCAUGUCAUAUUUGACGUUUGUAACAAUGAACUGGCGGUCUAGCACAACUUGCGCUCUCGCGAGCGAGUCCAUACAUGAAGUCGCGUUUGAUGUAUGGACUCGCGCGCGAGAACGCAAGUCGUGAUAAGCCGCCUGCAGGCCUAGCACAUGAUGGCCGCGGGAGUAUG